UUGUCGUUUAUACAAUUUUUUUUUGUAGGUGUACUGUUUUAUGGCGAAAAAUCUCUGGAUAAGCACAUUGGUACAGUGCACUUGUUGAAUCGUGCAUUUUUGAAAAAGGCUAUUACAAGGGAGAAUAGCUCACCGAUAAUGAGAUCUCCUGUUAACGGAACAGAUGAGCCAGCCCCUGCACAAUUGAGUGAGCUUCUGGAAAUGCCUCUCAAAAGGGAAGAGAUCUCACCAAAGGAAACAGCUGGAAGUGCUAGGGCCACAGAGGAAGUGGAAACGCCACCGAUUCUCGAAAUGCAAACUCCUGGCGAACUUGCUCCUGCUGCUACUCGAUGUGUGGAUACAAAUGGCAAAGAAAUUAGUGAUUUCGAUGCAGAACAGCUAUCGGAAAUGGACGUUAUGCUCUAUACAGGCCAACUCGCACUUGGAGAUCUCGUGAUAACGUCUACCUUUGGGGAAGACGUUGAGUACCGCGUCGCAGUGGGCACCCGUCAUGGAGCUCAAAUAGUUCUUGAAAAGACUGGUAAAAUCUCUAGGUCCACGGAGGGAACA